GGCUUGUUUUUAGCAGCAAGGUCGUUCUUUGUGUCAAAAAAUUCUUAGUUCUGUUGUGACGAUACUCAGUUUAUAAUAAUACAGUGAGUGUUUGUGUUCCGUCGCAAAGGUCGUUGCGCGCGUAUGUCGUCCGUAGUCGAUAGUAAUUAAACAGACCCGUACACUUCGAACGUUCCAAUGAGUUUGGGAGGAGGACAAAACACAGAUGGAUCAAACGCAGGAGGAAUAUUUGUUCAAUUUAACCAGGAUUGCACAUCACUGGUGGCCGGCAGCAAUCAAGGCUACCACCUGUUCGCACUAACCCCCGACGAUGGAGUCGAGGAGAUAUAUGCGUCUCGCUCCGGCCAGGACACCUGCCUGGUCGACCGGCUGUUCAGUUCCAGUCUCGUGGCCGUGGUCACCGUCGCUGCGCCCAGGAAGCUGAUAGUAUGCCACUACAAGAAGGGCACAGAGAUAUGCAACUACAGCUAUAGCAAUACCAUCCUUGCCGUCAAGCUCAAUCGCUCGCGGUUAGUGGUAUGCCUCGAAGAGUCGCUCCACAUCCACAACAUCCGGGACAUGAAGAUCCUGCACACGAUCCGCGACACGCCGCCCAACCCGCGCGGGCUGUGCGCGCUGGCGCCCGCCGCCGACCGCUGCUACCUCGCCUACCCCGGCUCCAGCGCCGUCGGCGAGGUGCAGAUCUUCGACGCGGUCCAUCUCAACGCCAAGUGCGUCCUCAGCGCACACGACUCGGGACUAGCCGCUCUCGCCUGGUCGUCGUGCGGGCGGAGACUAGCCACGGCCUCCGAACGGGGCACAGUCAUCAGAGUGUUCGCAGUGCCUGAGCGAGUACGCCUUUUCGAGUUCAGACGGGGCGUCAAGCGAUGCGUGUCGAUAUCGUGCUUGGCGUUCAGCGCGUGCGGGACCUUCCUCGCGGCGUCGUCGAACACGGAGACGGUGCACGUGUUCCGUUUAGCGGAGCCGCCGACGCCGCCCACGCCGCAGCCCGGCGCCGAGGCCCCAGCGGGCGCGGCGGCGAGCGGCGCGGGUGGGGGCGCGGGCGCGGGGGGCGCGGGCGAGGCGGAGGGCGGCGGCUGGCUGGGCUGGCUGUCGUCCGCCGUGGCGGCCGGCGCGGGGCUGCUGCCCACGCAGGUGGCCGACGUGCUGUCCCAGGGCCGCGCCUUCGCGGCCGCGCGGCUGCCCAUACAACCCAGCCGCGCCAUGGUGGCGAUAACCAACGUGGGGCGCGCCCCUCGGCUGCUGGUGGCCACGGCGGGCGGGGAGCUGUUCGUGUACGCGCUGGACGCGGCGGAGGGCGGCGAGUGCGCGCUGCUGCGCACGCACCGCCUGCUCGAGCCCGGCCACGCGCCGCCGCCCGCCAUAGCGCACGAAGCUGGGGGCGGCAACAGUUACGCGGGCGCGCUGCGCGGCCGCGACCCCGCGCGGAUGUCAGACUCUGAACGCGACUCCGAGCUGGGCGCGGCGCUGGAGGGCUCACCGCCGCGCGGGGCGUUCGACCUGCGCGACCCCAAGCACUUCCCGCCCAUGCGCGUGCAAGCGCCGACCGUCGACUAAACUACGUCAUCAGACUUAACACCGCGUUUCGCCGAGUCUCAUCUGCUACGGCAACUUAUAAAGGGGCUCAUCGGACGAUAAAUGGUUGUUCGACUGCUUUAAUCGAAACUCAAAGGUCGGGUUUACAUAGCCUGCCAAAGAAGAGUGGAAAAUAUAGGGGCGUCAUCGGCGCUUUGCACGUGGCAACUAUUUUAACACUUCUGUAUGAGAAAAGUGUUGCUAUGAUAAAAAAAAAGUUCCAAUUUCUACUCUUCUUUAGCAAGCUGUAAGUGCUAACACACGGCAGCAUCGCACCAAGGUCAUCCACAUACUAAAGACGGUCAAGCGAAUCUUGUCACUAAAAAGGCGCGAAACUUAAAUUUUCCAUAGAAUUCCUACAUUUUCAAUAAUUUUUAUGUGUUAUGGCUCGUCGAUGAUGAUUCGGCCAACGUCAAGGUUUAGAAGCGUUUUAUGAAGCAAUGGGCCGGUGAACCCUUCUUUUAGUGACAAGUUUUGCUUGACUGGGUACAUCUUUUAAGGGAGGGCGAGAAAUUGUUAUUUCUUUCUCGCUCUCACUAAUGUGAAAAGUUAGGUCGCGGUGCGGGGCGGUCGUGUGAGUUACUUUAGCCAAGUUAGUCUGUAAUUUGAUGAUGAUGGUCAAGGGUUCCAUAAUGACAGCUCUCAAAAUUAGACAAAAUGUGACGUUAUCUGGGUAAAGGGACCUUAUUGUCGAUGGCGCUUACGGCCUUAUGAACGAUGUUCGUAUACAAAUAGGACGCCCGGGGACGUAAGCGCCAUUGACAAUAAAGACUUGACAUCAGAGCGGUGAAACGCGAGCAAUUGGAUUGUGAAGCUGUCCGAUCGACGUUAAGUCUAUUUGAUAACCAUUUGGAACAUUUAGACGCCAACACAACGUCGAUCCGACCGUAAGUGCGUAUUAACAUUAUCCGAUCCGAUAUAGGACCGAUAACCCAUGUUACAUUAAAGGCGCUAUCCUUGUUUUUUGCCUUUGACAUCCUGCUUACAUCCAAUAUCGGAUCGGAUAAUGUGAAACGGUCUAAGUUUAGCGUUAGGCUGAUUUAUAAAAUUUGAAUUUGUUUAGCGACAGGAGGAAACUGUAUUGUUAUAUUAAUAUUUAUAGAAUCACUUCAACAUAGUCGUGAUACUAUCAGAGCUGUUUUAUAUCUCUUAAAUGUUCUUUGAUUUAAAUGAAACUUGAAAUUGUUAUUACAAAGUAGUUACUUCGAUUGAUUGACUUCUUGGCAACGGAAAAUUAAAGUCAAUUAUACUCUAAUGACUUUUUUGGUGCCUCCCUGCCUUCAAUAAUGAAUACUAAUUCAUGUCAACACCAGAAAAGUAAGUGUUCUAAGACUAAAAUAGCUCUGUUAGUAACACAUUACUUACGUAUACGUACAAAAUAGUUAAUUUCGUGAUGGUUCAUGAUAGCCAACUUCUAGAAAGUUUUGUUAUUAUUCAUAAUGUCAGUUUUAUGAACAUUGUAACAUUACCCUCGCACCAAGGAAGCUGACUGCGUAGCCGCAGGAUGACAGCAUUCUCUUGCACUUAAGUACCACAGGUUUUAUAGUGACGUGAAAAUAUAGUCUCGCUAAAACAAAUGAGGUCCU